AUGGGCCUGAUCUCGUUGCUCAUUUUCCAUGUCAAGGAGGCCGCCGCAGAGCCCACGGCCUUCCUACUAUCUAAGCAUCUAGACUUAUCGCAGUUCAACUUCUUCAUGCGAUCCACCAUAGCAGAACAUGUUGUAUUCCAUUCAAGACUGAUCGCCGCACGCACACCAGUUGGACAGCGACAGUCUAUCAAAUUCGACCAAGAUAUCGGAAUGUGCCACUCCUACGUACAUCAAUGCGGCCUCGGUGGCACAGUUAUCAGCGAUUGCGAAUACCCACCUCGUGUCGCUUUUGUGCUUCUCAACAGAGCACUCUCUGCCUUCGUCACUAAAUAUCCGCCGGAGCAGUGGGAGAGGUUGGAGAGUGACCCGCCUGCAAGUCAGUUUGCGUAUCCUGAAGGUAGUGAGUUAUUAGCCAAUUUUCAAGAUCCGAAGAAAGCGGAUGAUCUUAGUCGUAUUCAAGAAGACCUUAAAGAGGUCCAUAAUGUGAUGGUGGUCACAAUGGAGAAGUUAUUGCAGCGGGGAGAAAAUCUGGACAUCCUCAUGACUCGAACCACCGACCUCUCGGCCGCCAGUGAAAAGUUUUAUAGACAGGCCAAAGCGCAAAACCAAUGUUGUAAGUGGUACUAA